AUGGGGGAACAUAAGGAUAUUCCCAAGAUGCCAAAGAGUCUUUAUACUUACGAGAAGCUCGAGGUCUUGAAACUCAGUGGCUGUGUUAUUCUGAAUGUCCCUGUCGAUGUUUCUUUCCCGUCCUUGAAAACAUUACACCUUAUACGUGUAGAGCACGAAACCAAAGAGUCUCUCCUUAGGCUUAUAUCGGGCUGUCUCGUUCUUGAGGAUUUGGUGUUGGACAAAACUUAUGGUUAUGGUUUCCUACCUGUAGUCGUUGAAAGGAGUACCUUGCAGAGAUUAUCUAUACUUGAUACACGCCAAGAAGCAAACAAAGUCCAAGAUGGUAUCCACAUGAUUUUGAUCUGUGUCUCAUCUUUGAAGUACUUGAACUUUGUAGAUUACUUUGGUGACUUGCGUAUAUAUGGGAAUAUGCCUAAGGUGGUUGAGGCACAUGUUAGACUUGUUCACAAAAAUCCUGAGAAGUUGCUAAAAUCUAUUCCAUCGGUCAAGCAUCUCUGCUUAUGUUUAACAGCUUCCAUGCUUCAGCACCGCAUUGUAUUUCAUCAUCUUGUUCAUUUGGAGCUCUGUCCACUUCGCCAAGAUUGGUGGGAUUUACUUACUUGGAUGCUCGAAAGUUCCCCUAAACUACAAGUUCUUGAGAUCUCCGAGUGCGACCAAAGCCUUUGUUUGAAAGAGCCGAUUAUUGGAGAUCAUUGGGCAGGACCAAGUUCAGUUCCUGAAUGUUUGAUGUCCCAUCUACAUACUUUCAAGUGGAAUGAUUACAGAAGAAGGAGCAACGAAAAGGAAAUAGUGGCGUACGUCCUUAAGAACGCAACACAGUUGCAGACUGUGAGUAUCUCUGUGUAUAAAUACGAUUCAGAGGAAGAACGAUUUCAGAAACUCAAUGAGUUGGUUUCUCUGCCUAGAGCUUCAAGCUCAAGUCGGCUUCUGCUUGAUUGA